AUGGGAAGUGAGAAUAUGACGAUUCCAUGCUUUGAUUUGUGCAAGGGUGGGAUGAGAUUAGAAGAAGGGAGUGAGGAGUGGAAAGAGAUGAGCAAGAAGGUGAGAGAAGCGUGUGAGAAUCACGGUUGCUUCCUCUUGAUCUGUGAUGAUGAGAUCAUCCCCAACACUGUUUGCAAAGACAUGUUUCAUAACAUGAAAGCUUUGUUUGAUUUGCCUGAAGAAACGAAACAGCAAUACGUAACUGCAAAGCCUUAUAGGAACUACAAUGGCAAGAACUCUCCCAUUCCCCUCUCUGAAAGCUUUGGCAUCGAUGAUACUUUUCUCUCAGAUAACGCUGAAGCCUUCGCCAACUUCCUGUGGCCACAAGGAAACCCACCUUUCUCUGAGACACUGAAGACCAUGACCUCAAAGUUGGUAGAACUGAGUUUCCUUGUUUUGAAAAUGAUAGUGGAAGGUUAUGGUCUUCCCCAACAUUACAUUUCAGAUGCCGAAAACAUGAACAGCUCGAGCUUUUCACGAUUGAUGAAGUACAGAGUUGAUGAUGAAAGCGAUAAUGAACAUGAAACUGUUCUUCCAGCUCACACCGACAGCAGUACUUUAACCAUUAUAUGCCAAAAAGAUGUUCAAGGACUUGAGGUGUUAUCGAAAACAGACAAAUGGAUUGAAUUGGAGAUACCCCAUGAUGGCGUUGUAGUCCUUGUUGGUGAUAUAUUACAGGCAUGGAGCAAUGGAAGACUUCAUUCAGUGAAACACAGAGUGGUAUUGAAAGGAGAGAAAGAGAGAUACUCAUUUGGACUUUUUGCAAACCCAAAGGACGAUAUCAACAUUAAGGUGCCCGAAGAGUUUGUGGAUAAUCAGAUUCAUCCCUUACGUUAUCGUCCAUUCAAGUAUGGAGAAUACUUCGACUCCUAUGUUUCAAAUGCAUUAGAAGCUCUUGAAGUGUUUGAAUGUAUUUGAAAGAGAUAUUUAUGAGAUUGCUAUAUAUAUCUCCUUAUAAUGUCAUGCAGAAUAAUAAG